AUGGCACCUCCAUCUAUAAUGUCCGAAGACAUAGCGAGUCCCAUUCCUGCUCCGGAGCCCACCGCCACUAAAGGCGCCGGGAGCAUAGUCUCCCCUCCGGCUUGGGCUCCGGCAUUCAGCCCCCGGCUGGACGGAGCCGUGGAGAAGGAACCGGAAUGCCAGCUCCAUGAACUCAGCAUGGGUCCCAACCCUCUGGCGGGCAUCCCAACAUUCGUGAACCAUCAAUUCCACCGCGAACACAUCCUCCUGCACAUGGCAGCCGUGUUCCGCAACUGGGCGCGCAUGGGAUACACCGAGGGCAUCUCCGGCCACAUCAGCGUCCGUGACCCGGAGCAUCCUGAUUGCAUCUGGAUGAAUCCGAUCGGGAAGCAUUUCGGGCUGAUGAAUGCGAGUGAUAUGGUUUGCCUGGAGAUUGAUACCGGAAAGAUUGUUGGUGGGAACCGGAAACGCCCCGUAAACGCACCCGGCUACCACAUCCACUCGCAAAUUCACAAAGCCCGCCCAGACGUCCACUCCAUCUGCCAUGCUCACACCAUCGCCGGCCGCGCCUGGUCCGCCUUCGGCAAGCCUCUUGACAUGCUGCACCAGGAUAUUUGUGACCUGUAUAACUCCAUAGCCGUCGACACUACCUACGGCGGCAUCGUCACUGCUGCCGAGGAAGGGCAACGCAUCGCCUCCAUUUUAGGAAAAGACUCCAAGGCGGCCAUAUUGUUGAAUCACGGACUAUUGACUGUCGGAUCAACAGUCGAUGAGGCUAGCUUCCUCUUUGGACUGCUUGAUAGGAGCUGUGAGAUCCAGCUUCGUGUGGAAGCUGCUUGUGCAGGGAAUCCGGAGCUGAAGAAGAAGUUGGUACCGGAUGAGAUGGCCUUGUUCAACUUUCGCAUGGCGGGGGAAAGAAAUUGGCUUUACGCCGAGGCGCAGCCGGAUAUUGAGUAUGAGAUUGAGAUGGCGGGCUGGAAGAUCCAGCAAGGGUUGGCGACCAUGACAGUGGAUGGGCCGGAUGAAGAUUGGUAA